AUGCAUCAUAAGGUAUCUCAAGCUUCUGCAGCGUGCUCACCGUUUGAGUUGCUUGCAGAUUCUCUUCAUCCGACCUUGCAUCGCUGGACUCGACGUCCACAACGCUUUGUUUCUUUCACACCAUGCGACGACAAUUACUUCGGGUUACGGAUACAACCUGGCAGCCAUGGGAUUUCUGAUCUUCCUUCAUUAGCAUGGGGCAGAGACUCUGACUUUGUGCUCGACUUUGGCAUCCACAUGGUCGGGUAUCUGUCGUUUCGGAUUUCCUGUGUUGGCGCCAACAUGGACGCGCCAUGCAGACUUCGUCUCACAUUCGGCGAAUCUCCUUUAGAUGUUACCAUGUCAAUGGAUGGCGUGGAGACAUGGCUUAGCAAGGGCUGGUUGCCCGAUGAGAUCAUCAAUAUCGACGUCUGUCCUGACGAUGUCAAGAUCCGACGGCGCCACGCUUUUCGCUUUGUACGCGUCCAAGUUAUCGAUACAUCAUCCAACUUCAAAAUCGCCAUCUCUGACGUGGCCUGCGAGUGCGUUAGCGCCAUCAGUCAAGACCAUGAACUCGAUACUUUUGAGUUUGACGACCAGCUUCUUCAAGAUAUCGACCGUGUCAGCAUACUUACUCUCAGAGACUGUAUGCAGUCUGUCUUUGAAGACGGCCCACGAAGAGACCGGAGAAUGUGGAUUGGUGAUCUUCGACUUCAAGCACUAGCCAACUACAGUACACUCAAGGAUUUUGAUCUCGUCAAACGGUGCAUCUUGCAAUUUGCGGCUGUUUCGCGGACUGAUGGGUCUUUGCCUGCUUGCCUGUUCGAGAGGCCAACCCUGGUUGCCUCAGCCGACUAUCUCACCGAAUACGACUCCCUGUUUGGUAGUGUUGUUUAUGACUACGUUGCGGCAUCUGGGGACUUAGAAACUGGACGGUUAUUGUGGGCGACAGCGCUCGGGUGUCUUCGGCGGCCACUUCAACACGUCAACCCCAAAACCUUUAUCUUCGAACCCGAACGCAGCUCGGACAUCAAGUUCCUGGACUGGAACAGAGAGGUCGACACCACCGCAGGGUCUCAUGGAGUAAUGUUAUUCUGCCUCAAGCAAGUCGCGAAACUUGCACAGCUGUUGCAGCUUGAUUUCCCUCACCAGGAAAUGAUCAAGGGGAUGACUGAGGCUGCCCAAAUUUUCCUGUCCGACGGUCUGGUGGUAUCCGGCCCAAAAGCGCAGAUAAGUUACGCAUCAGCAUCCUGGCUUGUUCUCGCCGAAGCCUUUUCACCUGAAACCGCUCGUAGCGCUCUGCUCAACACCCUGGCUCAUCCCACCGCGAUCAAGCCCAUGACUCCGUACCUCUGGCACCAUGUCUGCGAUGCACUCAUCACAGCAGGCUGCUAUGGAGAGUGUCUAGAGAUUAUAAGAUCGUACUGGGGUGGCAUGGUCAAGGCUGGUGCUGAUACGUUCUGGGAGUGUUAUGACCCUUCGGAUGCACGGACAAGCCCAUACGGAGAUGUGAGGAUGAAUAGUUUCUGUCAUGCGUGGAGUUGCACGCCCACCCUCCUCCUUAGAAAUCAACUUUUAAAUGAGGUUAGUGGCAAAGCGUCUGGAAAGAUAACGAUGCGAGAGCUAGACAACAAUAUGGUUAAACGGGCUAUUGGGACAUCAUAG